UUUUGAUAUGUUUCUGUUUAUUUUCAGUACGUAGUGGUACUUAGGCGAUUUACUGUACGACUGUCGUUCAGUUUAAGGAGUCUGUGGUGUUGUAAAAGCCAGAAAAACGAUUCUCUUUGGCUUGUUUUUGUCACAAAUCAAUAUGAAGCACUUGAUUGAAUUUCUAUAUUUAUUUUCGUUUAUUGCGUUUGUUAUUGCCGACGAAGACUCACACACAUACAAAGAUGAUGAAGAUGUCUUAUUAUGGAUGAAUACUGUCGGACCAUAUCAUAACAGACAAGAGACCUAUGAAUAUUUUAGGCUUCCAUUUUGUAAGGGUGGAAAGGAAAGUUUAAUAGAUCGUCAUCAUGAAAAUCUUGGUGAUGCCCUGCAAGGAGUGGAGUUGAAAUACCAGGCGUUGGAUAUUAAGUUUAAACAAAACGUUGAACCAACAAAAUAUUGUGAAAUUGAACUUGACCAAAAGAAAUACGAAUCCUUUGUGUACGCGGUUGAUAAUCAUUACUGGUACCAGAUGUACAUGGAUGACUUGCCUAUUUGGGGUAUUGUGGGUGAGGCUGAUGAAAAUGGUGAAGAUUUUUACAUGUGGACGCACAAGAAACUUGAAAUUGGUUACAAUGACAACCAGAUUGUUGAUAUUAACCUCACCAGUGAUAAGAAGAUAAAAUUGGUGGCAAAUAUUAAAAUCCAGUUCACAUAUGAGGUUGUUUGGAAAUCUUCCGAUACCUUGUUCCGAGAUCGAUAUGAGAAAUACCUUGAUCCAAGUUUUUUCCAGCACAGAAUCCACUGGUUUUCGAUAUUCAAUUCCUUCAUGAUGGUCAUAUUCCUCGUUGGACUCGUCUCUAUGAUCCUGAUGAGGACUUUAAGAAAAGAUUACGCUCGAUACCAAAAGGAUGAUGAUCUUGAUGAUAUGGAACGAGAUCUCGGAGAUGAAUAUGGUUGGAAACAAAUUCAUGGUGAUGUAUUUCGAGCUGCUUCAUAUCCUCUCAUCUUCUCUUCCCUUGUUGGAUCCGGAUCCCACAUCCUCGCUACUUCUCUCUCUGUGGUCCUCUUUGUCAUGCUAGGGGACCUUUAUACAGAGCGAGGUACAGUAGUAAGCACAGCUGUGUUCGUAUAUGCUGCCCUUGCACCAGUCAAUGGAUAUGCUGGUGGUUCUCUGUAUGCAAGGAUGGGUGGUCGAUCUUGGAUCCGGCAGAUGGUGAUUGGUGCUCUCCUGUUGCCUACUUUGGUCUCCAGCACAGCGUUUUUCAUCAACUUUAUCGCAAUGUAUUAUCACGCCUCUCGUGCUAUCCCAUUCGGAACUAUGGUUGCGAUGCUCUGCAUCAUCAUCUUCGUGAUCCUCCCGCUCAGUUUGAUCGGAACAAUAUUGGGUCGUAACAUUUCAGGUGGUGCGAGCCCACCAUGUAGAGUGAACGCUGUGCCUCGACCUAUUCCCAACAAACGCUGGUUCAUGGAACCAUCGGUGAUUGCUGCUCUUGGAGGAAUUCUUCCUUUUGGAUCCAUCUUUAUUGAGAUGUACUUCAUAUUCACCUCAUUCUGGGCAUACAAGAUCUACUAUGUGUAUGGCUUCACCCUCCUUGUGCUUCUUAUCCUUACCAUAGUAACAGUGUGUGUUACCAUUGUAUGCACAUACUUCCUUCUCAAUGCAGAGGACUACAGAUGGCAAUGGACAAGUUUCCUCGCUGCCAGUUCGACUGCUGCAUAUGUUUACUUGUAUUCCUUUUACUACUUCUUCUUUAAAACCAAAAUGUACGGCCUUUUCCAAACAACUUACUACUUUGGUUACAUGGCGGUGUUCAGUAUUGCUCUGGGUCUUAUGUGUGGUGCCCUUGGAUUCCUAGGUACCAGUUUAUUUGUUCGAAAAAUCUACACCUAUGUGAAAAUCGACUGAAAAAAUACACAAGAAAAACCAUGUCUGAACACAUACAUUGAACCCGGUGGCUUUUAUCUAACAGCGUGAAACAAUUUCUUGAGAUUUAUCCUUGAGGGUAGCUGCAGCAUUCAGCUCUGCUACAACGCAAUUUGCCGACAUGUUAAAACUUAUAAUCUUGACUUGAAGCAGUACCCUUUGAUGCACUAGUGUAUAAUGCCAAUAUUACAUGGAUUGUAGCGUUUAUUUAUUAUCCCAACUUGCGAUUAUAGUAUUUUCCUGUAUUUUAUGCGUGUGUCAGUGGCUUGGAGCUGGACUGACUGAUUACAACUGAAGCGUUGUAUUUUGUCCACAAUGUACUAGAUUCCCCCUCUAAACUAGCAUAGGUCCUGUUGGAAGUUACAAGUUACUAGCUGUUGCCUUGACAAUCUUAUGUUAACAACCAUCACCACUUACACACAGAUUCUGGACCUUUCCCUUUACCCGUGUAUAUUUUUAGGAUUUUAUCCUGUGGCGUAUAGUGUUUUGCAUCCAAAAUAGAAAUAAUAUAAUUAUCAACCUGUGUGAUGUUUGUUUAUAAGAAUGUCACGCAUCGCAUAUGACUAUUUUUACCAUGGCAGAAAUUAGUUGUAACAACAAAUUGACAAUGCAUUUUGAUUGUAUUUCAUUUUUUACGUACUGACACAUGAAAACCUUUAAAAUAAUAUCUGAAAUUAAACCAACUUAUUUCCCAUCA